UACGACGUGUUUGCUUAGCAAUGCAGCGAGCAUGCCAUGCUCGCUUAACGGAGAGGUAUACGUGUUGCACUCCAGGCGCAACAUGCACCUUUCCGUGCACCUACCGCAUCGCCAACGAGAGGAAGAACAUAAUCAACAACUACUAUUACAACAACAACUACAACAACAACAACAACAACAACAACAACAACAAAAACAACAACAACAACAGCAACUACUACUACUACUACUGCUACUACUACUAUUACUAUUACUACAACUGCAACAACAACAACAACAACAACAAGAAAAGCAACGACAAAAUCAAGAACAAGAAGAGGUACGACAAAGGUUAAAGUAG